GCUUUGCGUGUGUCAAUUUUAGUACGUUUUUAGCUGCCGUCAAGGAAAGUGGUUGCGCGUUAGUUGCGGCGUGUGAUUUCGGUGCGUGUUAUUAUAUUUUUUAAGCAUAAGCCUUGUGUAAACCUAAGAAGUGUUAUAAGCGUAAAUGCAAAAUCGCGACAAUUAAACGAAUUUAAUAAAAGGCAGCUCCUACGGUACGUGAGUUUGUCAACAAACAAACAAACAUACAAGCACAGACACACACACACACAAACACACGCGAAAGUGCUGCGAAAAAAGAAUAAGCGUUAAAAGUGUAUGACAGAAGCAAAAAAGUGCUAACAAAUCAAUACAGAAUAAUCAAAAUAUCCGAAAAUCAAAAGCAAACACAAACAUAAACAUAAAUAUUUAAUAAUAAUCUACAAGCUGACAAACACACAACUUACAUACAUAUAUUUGUAAUAAAUAAACUAAUCAACAAAAUGGGCAAAUUACUGAGUCUUUUGUCACGCGACGAUUCAAAUUGUUGCGCCGCCAAAUCCUACGAUGUGUUCCUGGACUUUGAGAAUGCCGCGCCCACGGAUACGGAGCGUGAGGUGUAUGACGAGGUGGAGCGGGUGCUCAAGGAAUCGGAAAUUGUGUUAGAUGAGAUACAAAUCUAUAAGGGAGCCAACAAAGAAAUCCGCGAAGCCAUCGCGGAUCCCUCGCCGGAGGUGCAGGCCAAAGCCUGGUCGGCGGUGCUGCCGUUGGUAAUGAAGCUGAGGCGGUGCUAUGAGCACUCCCUGGAACUGGACAAAAUAGUGCCCAAGCUGUUGGGUCAAUUGGUUGGCGGCAAACUCAAUCCGACACAGCACCUGGAGACACAGCAGGCGCUGGUCAAGCAGCUGGCCGAGAUAUUGGAAUUUGUGUUGAAAUUCGAUGAGUACAAGAUGAAAACACCCGCCAUACAGAACGACUUCAGUUACUACAGACGCAUUGUGAGCCGACAGCGCGUGGAUUCCACAGAGAAUAUGUUGGUCAGCACGGAGUUGGCCAACCGCAUGUCCCUGUUCUAUGCCCAUGCCACGCCCAUGCUGAAGGUGCUCAGCGAGGCCACAUCCAAGUUUGUGAACGAUAAUGCCGACGAUGUGCAGAACACAACAGAAACGCUUGGCACAAUGGCCAAAGUGUGCCUACGCAUGCUGGAGAAUCCCAAACUGCUGCAACAGAUCGAGCGGGAGGAGACACAAAUGCUGGUGCUGCGUGUUAUGGUCGGCCUGGUCAUACUCUACGAUCAUGUGCAUCCAGUUGGAGCAUUUGCCCGUGGCGCCCACGUGGAUGUGAAGGGAUGUGUGCGAUUGCUGCAGGCACAGCCGGCGAUAAAGGCGGAACCGCUGCUCAAUGCCCUGCGGUAUACGACAAAGCAUUUAAAUGAGGAGAAUACGCCGAAGAAUAUACGCAAUAUGCUGGCCGCAUAAUGUCGGAGGCCGGGGUGGCGGGAGUCGGGAGGCGGGGGAUUAAGCCAAAAUGCAAGCGCCCACAAACGUUUUGUUUAUGUGUACAAUUUGUAACGUUAAUUUUGUUUAAAGAUUAAUUCGAUUUUUCUUAAUUUAUGUAAUUAAUAGGCUUCUAUUCUACGACGAGUACGAGUAUAUAUAUACAUUACAUAUAUAUAAUACUUAUUACUUAUGUUUAUAUUGUGUGUGAGUGUUGUGCAAAAAGGAGGCAGCCUCUAGUUUUAUUUAUGCAUUUCCAGCAUUUGUCGUAUUAAUUUUGUAAUUUUUGCGUGUUGUGUAUUAUUUAGCGCCUCCUUCUGAAUUAAAUAUAUCAACAACAUGGAAAACAACAGUAACAACAACAACAACAAAAAGAUCAACAAACAACCAAGCAACAAAACAAUAUUUAGCUCAUAAUUUAGCACUAAUAUUAAGUAAUGAACAAAUCUAAAACAACAAAUUGAUUAUCGAUGAAACGAUGAAAAUUUAGCGCAAAGUAUAAAAAUUAUAGAAAUGAAUAUCCUAAAUUUCAAUUUCAAACUACUAAACACAGAGAUUAUAAAUAUUAAAUACGUUUUUUAAAUCAAAUUUAGCAUAUUUUUUUGUACAUGACUACAUAAUAAAUGAAUAAAAAAUUCUAUUAUUAAUUAUGAAACAAUUACAAUACAUACCAACUAAAAUGGCCUGAACAAACUGAUGAUGAUGAUGAUGAAUGAAAAACCACACGCAGUAAAAACGCAGAUGCAUUUAUAUUUCCACAACUGAAUGAAAUGAAAAUUAGAACAUUUGAUAAACGUAUUUAAACGGACCUUUAUACAUAUACAUAUGUCUGAUUCGGACAGAAAGCUGCGCAAUAAUAAUUUAUUUUUAAGAUUUACAAAUAGAAAUUUAUAAAAUGUCAAAAUUUGUACCAAAAAAUCAAAAAAAAAAAAAAAACAAAUACAUGAAGAUUUAACUAAAAGAAAUGCAACUGAAAAAACACAAGAAAAUAAAGAUUUAUAUGUAAAAGCGAUAAGAACAGUAAGAACAACCACAAGAACACUAUAGAGAAUGCUGAAUCCAGAAUAAAUAGUUUUCACACAACAUCAACCAUAUAA